UGGCACGACUCACGAGAGACUGAGAGAGUGAAUCGCAUCCGUCCGGGUCCAAGAACCAAGAAGCCAUCCACCCCAAACGACCAGAAAAGCCCGAAAGCGCAAAGCAGCCCGACCGAAGCAAUCCCAUCGCGACCUCUCCCUCUUCCCCACGCAAGGCACCCGAUCGGCCUCCCGCUCAAAAAUCCCCCCCCGCUCCGAAGGCCCCAACGCCACUCCAACCUCCCGAGCUCGCAUGAGCCGGGGCACCUCCCAGCCAUGGGAGCUCAGCAGAGCGUCAAUGCGGGGAAAGCCAAGGUGGAUGUGCACGUCGACCUCACAAACAUGCUGUGCGAGGCGCUCCUGCUGCCGCCCGUGAGGAGCUCCAGCGCCUCCAUCUCGCAAAUCGUCGGAAGGAUCUCCCUCAAACAUCCAAGCCUAUUCGGGAGGAGUGAGAAGUUGGACGUGAUAUUGGAUAAGGGUAUUAACGACUCCAAUGUUGUUGUUGCCUUUAGACGCCCAAGGCCUGAAUGGUUAUCACAACAAUCGUUUGUCAUUCAGCACUCAAUGACACCAGAAAUUGCGGUGCAUGGUUUUCCGGCGGACAACUUCACACGGUCAGGCAGCAGAGGGGUAAAUCUAAGCCGGUUGUCACUUGGCGUGGAGCUGAAUGAACCAACAACAUCAAACUGGACUUCUGGAACCAGUGUUAAGUUUGAGCAUAUUCGUCCUGUUAAUAAUGACGGACGCUCCAUAGCCAGGGACCACGAUGGUUUUCCUCUAACGUGCAGUGGUAAUCUCCAUGACAACAUGAUUAUCUUGAAGCAAGAGUCUGGUUACGCAGAUGUUAAUGAUAAUAGUUUCUUAAAAGUUAACUUCCAAAUGGAACAAGGAUUGCCACUUGUACCAAAAUCGCUGACCUUCAACAGAGUUAAAUGUGCUGUUUCGAAAGGCAUUAAAUUGGGGCCAACCUUUUUGGUUACUAGCUUGACAGGCGGUUCCAUUGUUGGCGACAUGGCACCAUACCAAGCAUUUGCAAUAGGUGGACUUGGUAGCGUCCGGGGUUAUGGUGAGGGUGCUGUUGGUUCAGGAAGAUUGUGCCUCAUUGCUAACUGCGAGUAUACAGUUCCUCUGGCAAAGCAUCUCGAAGGUUCUAUUUUCAUGGAUUGUGGCAGUGACUUAGGGUCUGCUCGUCAUGUUCCUGGCAACCCAGCUCUAAGGCAAGGGAAACCGGGAUUUGGUGCUGGGUUUGGAUACGGAGUCCACUUUAACACAGACCUAGGUCAGAUUCGAGUCGACUAUGCGAUGAACGCCUUCAGUCGCAAGACCAUCUACUUUGGCAUCAACAGUAGCGCUAGAUCGUAGAUUGAAAAAGGAACAUAUCUGACAUAGCAUAGAGCCAUAGAGUUGCCAUCCGAAUUGAUCCACACCUGAAAUUAUUCUCCACAAUUUACCAUUUCAGCAUGUUGAGUCUUGACACAACAACCUGGUGUUAUCAACAUCUUCUGCCUUGUGCGAGGCUCCAGGUGUGGUGAACUCUCAUCCCGAGCACCGUCUAAAUAAUUUUGCACACACACGCCGUCAUCCAAGAACUGUACAGUCGAGAUGUAUCCCUUUGUUAUCUUCUGUUGGAUGUUGAACGUACAGGCCAUGAGAUGUCAUGUGCUAAUGGCAGGCUGUGCCUGGGGAGCGUUGAAGGUGCCAUACCGUCUUGUUAUUUUAUUUUUUGCUACAAAAAAAAAGCAUCAUCUAAGAUGCGACACACUCAAGUUGACUGAGAAUUUGUGCUUUUCUACUCAUUUUUGUAAUGUACCUCUCUUUCCUCUGUUCAUGAAUUGUACAUAGUAAGGAGCGAUUUGCUGCCACAAUUUUUUUUUUCAAAUGAUGUCACAAUCGUCACCGAUAUGAGAUAUCUACGUUUUGUUGGGA